AGAGACAGGUGGGAGGACAGACAGCAGGACGACAGACAGAGGAAGCACUAACCAGACUCAGAGUACUUUAAAUACUUUUUACCAAAUAUAAACUGAUAAUAUUACACAACGAUGAACGAGACGGAGAUUCGCCUGCCGCUGUCCGAGUACAGCUUCGAGCGGCGCUUUGACGAGAGAGGAGCCAUAGAGUGGAUGCAGGCUAACUGGAGUAAGUCCUUCAUGUUCAGCGCGCUGUAUGCCGUCCUGGUGUUCGGAGGGCAGCGCUACAUGAAGCCGAGACCCAAAAUGAACCUGAGGCGCCCGCUGGUCCUCUGGUCACUCAGCCUGGCUCUCUUCAGCAUCAUCGGGGCGGUCCGGACCGGUUCCUACAUGGUCCACGUCCUGAGCAGCAGCGGCUUCAGACAGUCCAUCUGCAACCAGAGCUUCUACAACGGGCCCGUCAGCAAGUUCUGGGCCUACGCCUUCGUGCUGAGCAAAGCUCCAGAGCUCGGCGACACUGCGUUCGUGGUUCUGCGGAAGCAGAAGCUGCUGUUCCUGCACUGGUACCACCACAUCACGGUGCUGCUCUACUCCUGGUACUCGUACAAAGACAUGGUGGCCGGCGGCGGCUGGUUCAUGACCAUGAACUUCUCCGUGCACGCGCUGAUGUACAGCUACUACGCGGCGCGCGCCGCUGGGCUGCGCGUGCCGCGGCCGCUGGCCGUGCUGAUCACCAGCGCUCAGAUCGGCCAGAUGUUCAUGGGGCUAACGGUUAGCGCGCUGGUGUACCGCUGGAUGCAGCACGGAGACUGCCCGUCCCACAUGGACAACAUCACCUGGGCCUCGCUCAUGUACCUCAGCUACCUGCUGCUCUUCUCCAACUUCUUCUACCACACGUACCUGCGGCGCCAGAGCCAAGACGCCAGCGCUAACGGUAACGCCAACGCCAAGACCUGCAAGGCUGAGUAGAGGGACAAUCCGACACACACACACACACACACACUGGACCCUUUUUCACAUUCAUGUCCAAACGUUUUUUAGAAAGUUUAAAUUGGCAGAAACAUUCGUAACAGCUUCAGCAUCUGCAGGCUGCACGAAGACUGUUUAACAUCCGACCCACUGGACACCUCUUACGUCCAGCGUUUACUACUUAAUUCUGACUAUUCUACAUGUGUAGAAUCACAAGAAGGAAGCCAGUUUGUCUCACAACAUCUUCAGGAGUCAGGUUUUUGUUUCUUUGACAUUUUAUCGGAGUAGAGGGACGAUCUGACACACACACACACACUGGACCCUUUUUCACAUUCAUGUCCAAACGUUUUUUAAAAAGCUUAAAUCGGCAGAAACAUUCGUAACAGCUUCAGGAUCUGCAGGCUGCACAAAGACGGUUUUAACAUCUGACCCACUGGACACCUCUUACGUCCAGCGUUUACUACUUAAUUCUGACUAUUUCACAUGUGUAGAAUCGCAAGAAGGAAGCCAGUUUCUCCCAGAAUAUCUUCAGGAAUCAUAUUUCAGAUCUGCAGGCUGCACAGAGUCGGUUUCUCCACGUUCAGAGACGGACUGUUUUACGUUGUCGCUGCCCGAUGCGAGUCGAGUGCAGAUGUGAGUCGCGCAUGCUCAGAUUUAAACGGUUUACGGCAUUAACGUGUCUUACUGAAACUUGUGAAAUCCAUAAAAUGAUAAACUUUUCUCUUUACGUACAGUAACAGAAGAUGGAAAUCAUUUCAAAAACGUUGUAGCUACCUAUGAUUGUUUGGUUGCUAACGUUAGCUCAAAACACCAUUCCAGUGACAGCCUCUGUUGUCUGAUUGCUAACUUGUAGCCAGCAGCAGUCAUUUCAAAAACAUUGUAGCUAUCUGUGAUUGUUUUGAUUUGUAACGUUAGCUCACAGCCGUUAGCAUCUUGGAGGCUACAUCGUCACAAAGUGACGCAUGCGCGACUCACAUCGGGCAGUGACAACGUCUAACGUUUACAACUUAAUCCUGACUAUUUUACAUCUGUAGAAUCUCAAGAAUGAAGCCAGUUUCUCCCAGAAUAUCUUCAGGAAUCAGGUUUCAGAGCUGCAGGCUGCACAGAGUCAGUUUCUUCAGGUUUCCAGACUGACGAUUUAACGUCCUGCAACAAAAACAUGUCCCACUUCAUCUGGACUGGACCCUUUAUCUUGACUGCUGGACUUUAUCUGGACCGAGACUUGAUCUGGACCUGCUGGGCUGCAGGUUUUCACAUUAAUGUUGAACAUUAUUCAGACGUUUUUUACAAGAACUCAGCUCCAACAUCUUCAGGCUCUGCAGGCUGCACAAAAGUUUGUGUCUUCACGUUUAAUGUCGUGCAAGAAAAAAAAUACAACGUGCUUCAUAUGUUAAUUUCUACAGAUAUUAAACAGAUAUUAAAUAAAGAAUCCAGAGAGAACCCACCAUACCAACAUCUCCCCUCUAGCUUCAGACCGGAUCAUUCAAACGAUCGAUUGUUGAAACAGAAGUUAUAUAUAUUUCUUUUAAACCAUGCACUAAUUUUUAUUUGUAUAGUAAUAUGCAUUUUUAAAUACAACAAACCUGAAUCAUCUCUCUUCCUGACGGUCUGUUUCUUUUAAAGAACGGUUACUAAAAUCUGCAGAUUUUAGUCAAAUAAAUCUUUUUGUUGACGUUCCCUCUGAGAGGUUUCUGGGCGCCGCGCCUGCAGAAACCUGCUGCUCUGCCCAAACCACUAGUACUGGUUUCACUGGUACACACAAACACACACACACACACACACACACACACACACACACACACACACACACACACACACACACACACACACACA